AUGAUUGGAUAUUUAAUAAUGGCCGCCCUAGUGGGGUGUGCAAUUUCACAAGCAUAUAGCGGCCCAUACUCUCCGUAUAUGUACCCAUUAAAUGGGCCCUAUAAUAGUGGCCCGAACAAUGCAUACAACGCACCAGACAAUACAUACAAUCCACUAGGCGGUCCUUACAAUUCAAUGAACAAUCCGUAUAAUCCACCAAUCAAUCCUUACAAUCCACCAAGCAUUGUUUACGAUCCAACAUACAAUCCAUCAAGCAAUCCUUACAAUCCACCAUACAACCCGUCAAGCAAUCCGUACAAUCCACCAAUAAAUCCUUACAAUGCACCAAACAAUCCUUACAAUCCACCAAGCAAUCCUUACAAUGCACCAAACAAUCCAGUAAACAAUCCUUACGAUCCACCAUACAAUCCAUCAAACAAUCCUUACAAUCCACCAAGCAAUCCUUACAAUCCACCAAGCAAUCCUCACAGUGCACCAAACAAUCCUUACAAUCCACCAAGCAAUCCUUACAGCGCACCAAACAAUCCUUACAAUCCACCAAGCAAUCCUUACAGUGCACCAAACAAUCCUUACAAUCCACCAAGCAAUCCUUACAGUGCACCAAACAAUCCUUACAAUCCACCAAGCAAUCCUCAUAAUGCGCCAGUCUAUGUAGAUGACGAUGACGAUGACCAAAUGUACAAAUACUUUGAAACUUUUGAAACCACAACGCCCCCACGCAAGUAUUUGCCCAGACCCGCCUCCCCAAUCACUACAACUUCUAAGCCUCAACCCGUUUACACCAAACAGCCCUAUCAACCCGCUCCCGUGACCACCAAAGCCCCAAGCGUUUACAACCCUCAACCAACAGUCAGUAACCCCAAGCCGGCCCCCAGUGUUUACACACCACCAAAGACCAGCAAACCUUCUACUACACAGUAUACAACUUACAGCUCAACAGAGAAGAACGACUGUGCAUUAAGAACAGCCAGCAAUCCAGCCCAGUUUUAUAACGGCGUGACACUUAUGGACUGUCCCUAUGGCUUAGUCUUCAACCCUAAAGAUUGUACAUGCGGCUUUAGCAAAUAAAAUAACAACAUUUUCCUCUGAGGUCAACUCUCCAGGGUGUUUUGUGUCUACACAUUCAGUUCAAAUAUUUACGUCUGUCAACAUUUCACAUGAAUUCCAGAAACGUGACAACAGCCAGAAUAAUGCACAGAUUACUUCUAAUAACUUUGAAUAAAGUUUUCAUAGAAAACAA